AUGUUGGAUGUUGCAGCUGAAGUUGUAACUUGGGCUCUGUUCCGCAAGGAAUUUUUGAGAAACUACUUUCCUAAGGAUGUUCGUGGGAAGAAGGAGAUUAAGUUCCUGGAGCUAAAGCAGAGUAACUUGUCUGUCACUGAGUAUGCUACCAGAUUUGUGGAACUUGCUAAGUUAUACCCUCAUUACAGUGAGGCGACAACUGAGUUCUCGAAGUGUAUCAAAUUCGAGAAUAGUUUGUGUCCUAAAAUUAAGCAGGUGAUUGGAUGCCAACGGAUCAAGAGGUUUCCAGAGUUGGUGAACAACUGUAGAAUUUAUAAGGAUGAUAGUAAGGCUCAGUCGGCUCACUAUAAUGGGCUGAGUGAGAGAAAAGGAAAGCAGAAUCUGAACCUUGGGAAGCCAUAUAAUGCUCCAGCUGAUAAAGGUAAACAAAGAGAUGUUGAUGGUAAGAGGCCAAGUGGGGGAGGCUCUCCUACUCCUCUUAAGUGCUAUAGGUGCAGUGAGUUGGGUCAUUGUGUCAAUGAAUGUAAGAAUGAUGUGAAGAAGUGUUACAAGUGUGAGAAGUCAGGACAUCUUGUUGCUGAUUGA